CUGUGUUAUCUUGAUUGCUAACGCUGAAGAGUAGGAGGAAAUAUCAGGUACAGUAUUUAAAAUAAUAUAUUUCCUUUACCAAAACACAGUUGAUUCGUACAAAUAGAUAUUUGCGUUCCUAAACUGACCCUGUGCUCAUUUCUGUCUGAUACAAAUUCAUUGAGGGCAAAUAGAUGGCGUUGUUUUGCUUGAUAGUGGCCGAAUUUCAGCCAGGCUUCAAUGUUGUGGUUUUAAUCGAAGGCCGCAGUAUUAUGUUUCCGGCUUAUACCAAAAUGACACUCACUCAGCUCGCCAACUUUAUUUACGAAUACGUUAUUGACGUUAAAAUGAUGUCCAUGGCAAUCUCAUACAACAAUUUUACAACAUGGCCGUUAUUCUAGUUUAACCUGGCUUCUACGUGCUAUGAUAAGUUUAACCGAAAUAACGCACUGUAAUGUUACAGUACAGCUGACACACCCACUAACUGCAACGUUAAACAUUCAGCCUUUAGUUUUAUUAGCGAAAUUACAAUGAACAUGGCAAUGAUCAUCAGGAAAAACAUGUUUUUGCAGGACAAUUCAUGAUGAGUUAUGCUGAAAAGCCAGAGGAGAUAACGAGAGAGGAGUGGAUGGAAAAGCUCAACAAUGUCCACAUUCAGAGAGCUGACAUGAACAGGCUCAUCAUGAACUACUUGGUGACAGGUACAGUAAAACACACACAUACCGUGAACUACCUGGUGACCGGUACAGUAAACCAUGCACACACACAAACACAGGCAUACCAAGAAAUACCAGGUACACAAAAAAGGUUCUCUAAACAGAUAAUUGUAUGUCUUUGUUAUUAACAGAGGGGUUUAAGGAGGCAGCUGAGAAGUUCCGUAUGGAGUCUGGGAUUGAGCCCAGUGUGGACCUGGAUUCUCUGGACGAGAGGAUAAAGAUCCGGGAGAUGAUCCUGAAGGGACAGAUACAGGAGGCCAUUGCACUCAUCAAUAGCCUGCACCCAGAACUGCUUGACACAAACCGCUACCUGUACUUUCACCUACAGGUAAAAAGCAGAUUGCCUCUCCCUUUAUUCUUCUGUCAGUCUUAUUUUAUGUGCAGUGUUCCCUUUAUUCUAUGCCAUCUGUUCCUCUCACUAUCCUUUUUUUUGUCCAUCUUCUUCUCCUCAUCUUCCUCCUCUGACCGUCCCCUCAUACUGCUCUUCCCCUCUGCAGCAGCAGCACCUGAUUGAGCUGAUCCGUCUGAGGGAGACUGAGGCAGCACUAGAGUUUGCUCAGUCCCAGCUGGCAGAGCAGGGUGAGGAGAGCAGAGAGUGUCUGACAGAGAUGGAGAGAACCCUGGCCCUGCUGGCCUUCGACAACCCUGAGGAGUCACCCUUCGGAGACCUCCUCAACACGAUGCAGAGGCAGAAGGUGAGGCUUUAAUGUCACAUAUCAUAAUCUAGAAAUAGAUAACAUAUUGCUCUGUAAUUGCAAGUUUCUACUACUAUUUUAUAUAUAUAUAUAUAUAUAUACACAGUGGGGGAAAAAAGUAUUUAGUCAGCCACCAAUUGUGCAAGUUCUCCCACUUAAAAAGAUGAGAGAGGCCUGUAAUUUUCAUCAUAGGUAUACGUCAACUAUGACAGACAAAAUGAGAAAAAAAAAUCCAGAAAAUCACAUUGUAGGAUUUUUAAUGAAUUUAUUUGCAAAUUAUGGUGGAAAAUAAGUAUUUGGUCAAUAACAAAAGUUUCUCAAUACUUUGUUAUAUACCCUUUGUUGGCAAUGACACAGGUCAAACGUUUUCUGUAAGUCUUCACAAGGUUUUCACACACUGUUGCUGGUAUUUUGGCCCAUUCUUCCAUGCAGAUCUCCUCUAGAGCAGUGAUGUUUUGGGGCUGUCGCUGGGCAACACAGACUUUCAACUCCCUCCAAAGAUUUUCUAUGGGGUUGAGAUCUGGAGACUGGCUAGGCCACUCCAGGACCUUGAAAUGCUUCUUACGAAGCCACUCCUUCGUUGCCCGGGCGGUGUGUUUGGGAUCAUUGUCAUGCUGAAAGACCCAGCCACGUUUCAUUUUCAAUGCCCUUGCUGAUGGAAGGAGGUUUUCACUCAAAAUCUCACGAUACAUGGCCCCAUUCAUUCUUUCCUUUACACGGAUCAGUCGUCCUGGUCCCUUUGGAGAAAAACUGCCCCAAAGCAUGAUGUUUCCACCCCCAUGCUUCACAGUAGGUAUGGUGUUCGUUGGAUGCAACUCAGCAUUCUUUGUCCUCCAAACACGAUGAGUUGAGUUUUUACCAAAAAGUUAUAUUUUGGGUUUCAUCUGACCAUAUGACAUUCUCCCAAUCCUCUUCUGGAUCAUCCAAAUGCACUCUAGCAAACUUCAGACGGGCCUGGACAUGUACAGGCUUAAGCAGGGGGACACGUCUGGCACUGCAGGAUUUGAGUCCCUGGCGGCGUAGUGUGUUACUGAUGGUAGGCUUUGUUACUUUGGUCCCAGCUCUCUGCAGGUCAUUCACUAGGUCCCCCUGUGUGGUUCUGGGAUUUUUGCUCACCGUUCUUGUGAUCAUUUUGACCCCACGGGGUGAGAUCUUGCGUGGAGCCCCAGAUCGAGGGAGAUUAUCAGUGGUCUUGUAUGUCUUCCAUUUCCUAAUAAUUGCUCCCACAGUUGAUUUCUUGAAACCAAGCUGCUUACCUAUUGCAGAUUCAGUCUUCCCAGCCUGGUGCAGGUCUACAAUUUUGUUUCUGGUGUCCUUUGACAUCUCUUUGGUCUUGGCCAUAGUGGAGUUUGGAGUGUGACUGUUUGAGGUUGUGGACAGGUGUCUUUUAUACUGAUAACAAGUUCAAACAGGUGCCAUUAAUACAGGUAACGAGUGGAGGACAGAGGAGCCUCUUAAAGAAGACGUUACAGGUCUGUGAGAGCCAGAAAUCUUGCUUGUUUGUAGGUGACCAAAUACUUAUUUUCCACCAUAAUUUGCAAAUAAAUUCAUAAAAAAUCCUACAAUGUGAUUUUCUGGAUUUUUUUCUUCUCAAUUUGUCUGUCAUAGUUGACGUGUACCUAUGAUGAAAAUUACAGGCCUCUCUCAUCCUUUUAAGUGGGAGAACUUGCACAAUUGGUGGCUGACUAAAUACUUUUUUUCCCCACUGUAUAUAUAUAAAAUAAAAUAAAUCAGUAUGUGAUCUUUUGACUACAUUAUGCUGAUUUCAUGUUCUUCCUGUCCACUGUGUGCUUCCUGAAGGUAUGGAGUGAAGUGAACCAGUCUGUGCUGGACUACGAGAACAGAGAGUCAACGCCCAAACUGGCCAAGCUCCUCAAACUGCUCCUGUGGGCUCAGAACGAACUUGACCAAAAGAAAGUCAAGUACCCCAAAAUGACAGACCUCAGCAAGGGCACGAUCGAGGACCCAAAGUGACCGUACACCAGGCUAUGUGUGCCGUGGGAAACUAAAUGGACUCACCUACUCCCAUCCUAUGUAUUUAUACUCCAACAGAGACUGACUCAUACUACUUUUUUUCUUUUUUUGUGUGGGUUGCUUUUUGUGAGACUUUGAUAACAUGGACUGUGCAAACUGGAUGGUUUGUAUUUUAAAGUGACUUGCUGUCGAAACUUCAAUAUCUGAAAUAUAAACCCUUGUAUUUUAAUGAAGUAAAAUUAUAGACUUUUGUUUCAUGUCUGCAAUAGAUGGUUACAUAUUUUACAGUUACACUAUUUUUUUCUGUCUACUGGCAGGGAAAGUUAGCAAUCUUUGCAUAUGGAGGGUGUGUUAAAGCCUAAAUUAGGCUCUCGGGACUAUAAUGUGUCAACCUAGAACAGAAAUGAAUGAAGGUGUGGUGUUGGGUAGAACAAUUGGUUCCCAUUGCUGUGGUCCACUGUCCCAAUUAUUUUAUUUUUCUGAACAAAAACAUGCACAUUUCAGUUUAAUUAAUGCUAUAGGAUAGGGGCCAAAGCUUCUGGGUACUGAUGGUGAAUGCUUCUAAGCUGCCAAUGCCCUGUAUCUUUGUCAGAGUUUUAUUACAACUUUAGUUUUCAUCCUGUGUUAUCUUGAACAAACAAGACAAUAAUGUGAAUACAUACAGAGACAUCCACUCAGUUCUUGGUGGCUGUUUUGCAACCAGAUUAUUUACAUGUAAGGAAUAAAAUACUCUUUUGGAACACUUGAUA